CAACCAAUGCUAUGCUGUCCCAUUUGGCACUUCAGCUAUCCCGCCUGGUACUCUUGGCUGGCCUCCAUUUUACUGACCCUCGUCAUUUCUCUGAGAUCCGUUGGUGUUGAUAUCCGAUAUUCUUUUUCUCUGUCUCAAACCUUUUGCUUCGCUUCGUGCCUCACUUAAUCCCAUUCCGCGUCUAGAAAUGUCUUGUUAAUCAAAAGCCGUCCGAAGUGCUAGCGUUGUAGCUAUGAUUUAAGGCCUGGCCGCAGGCACACAGACGGAAAAUGGCGACAGCAGUUCGCAUUUGCGUGUGCGGCGACGAGGGCACCGGCAAGUCCAGCCUGAUCGCGUCGCUGGUCAAGGAUGUCUUCGUUGCGAGCAAGAUCCAGCCCGUCCUCCCCCAAAUCACGAUCCCGCCAAACAUCGGCACCCCCGAAAAUGUAGUCACUACCAUCGUCGAUACCUCGGCUCGCCCGCAGGACCGCACAACUCUGCGCAAGGAGAUUCGGAAGUCGAACGUCAUUAUGCUUGUCUACUCGGACCACUACAGCUAUGAGAGGGUUGCGCUCUUUUGGAUGCCAUAUUUCCGGUCCCUUGGGGUUAACGUCCCCGUAGUUUUGUGCGCAAACAAGUCGGAUCUUGCCCGCGAGGCCAGCCAAGGAGGAGAUGGCGGCUUCACCCAGGUUGCGGAUGAGGAGAUGCUCCCAGUCAUGGCCGAGUUCCGGGAGAUCGACUCGUGUGUGCGCUCGAGUGCCAAGGAGCAUAGGAACGUUGUCGAGGCCUUCUUUCUCUGUCAAAAGGCGGUGACACAUCCGAUCGCCCCGCUAUACGAUUACAAGGAGGCUAAGCUGAAGCCUGCCUGCAUUAAUGCGCUGAAGAGGAUAUUCUACCUCAGCGACAAGGACCAGGACGGCUAUCUAAACGAUAGGGAGAUGCAUGAGUUCCAGGCCAGAUCGUUUGAUAAGCCUUUGAAGCCGGAGGAGUUGGAGAACAUCAAGACUACGAUUGCAAAAGCAAUUCCUGGGUCGAGGAUUGACCUGGGUGUGGAUCUGCCCGGAUUUUUGCAGUUGAAUAAGCUGUACGCAGAAAAGGGCCGCCACGAGACUAUCUGGACAAUUUUGCGCCAGUACCACUACACGGACAGCUUGAGCUUACAGGAUAGCUUCCUGCAUCCAAAGUUUGACGUCCCGGAGUAUGCCUCGGCCGAGCUGAGCCCUGCCGGUUACCGAUUCUUUGUGGAUCUGUUCCUACUUUUUGACAAGGACAACGAUGGAGGACUUAAUGAUGCGGAGUUGGCGGCAAUGUUCGCACCUACCCCUGGACUGCCCCAUUCAUGGUCAGAAACAUCGUUCCCUUCCUCCACUGUCAGGAACGAGGCCGGUCAUAUUACGCUACAGGGAUGGUUGGCACAAUGGAGCAUGACUACCUUUGUUGAGCCCAAGACCACACUCGAGUACUUAGCAUACUUGGGCUUUGAGCCCCCAACUCCAAGGGACACCAUUACGGCCGCCUUGAAGAUCACUAAGCCACGGAAGAGGAGAAGAAAGCCGGGGCGGGUAGAGCGCAACGUAGUCCUGUGCUAUAUCAUUGGAGCCUCAGGUGCAGGGAAAUCCUCGCUCCUAGAUGCGUUCCUAAACAGGCCUUUUGAACCUCUUUACCACCCUACUAUCAAGCCUAGGCGGGCCGUCAACAGCGUAGAGCUCCAGGGCGGUAAGCAAUGCUACUUGAUCCUUGAGGAGCUCGGAGAGUUGGAGCCAGCGAUCCUGGAGAACCAGGCCAAGUUGGAUGCAUGUGACCUCAUCUGUUACGCAUACGACUCUUCGGACCCAGACUCCUUCUCGCACAUCGAGAACCUCCGACGGCGUCACCCACAGCUGGACGAUCUGCCGGCCAUCUACACAGCGCUCAAGGCAGACAGAGACAAGACGACUCAGCGCAGCGAGCUGCAACCGGACGCAUAUACGUCGAGCCUCAAUAUGAGCACUCCACUUCACGUCAGUGUUACGUGGAGUAGCAUCAGCGAGCUCUUUGUCGCUCUCGCCGAGGCCGCGACGAACCCCAGCACUGCCUUCCCCAAGAGCGAGGAGCCGCCGGCGGACCGGACGAGCCUGUAUGUUGCUCUUGGGGCAACGGCGUGCGCCGCGGCGGCGGCAUUCAUGAUCUGGCGUCGGUCAACAAAUUCCCUGUAGGGUGACGAGCUGGCUGUUGUGGGAAGGGUGUCAGCUGUUUUUCUAUCCUCUACUCUUGUUUCGUGGCAAAGCAUAGGCGUCAAGGGGUGAGCGGCCACCCUAGUGUUUGGAUUUGGAUUUUUUUUCAUUUGCUUUUUUUUUUUUUUACAAGGUGGAACUUGGUCUCUUGUUCUCUUCGGCCCGGUUAGUACAAGCAUAUAGACCAGACACCCGCUUCGUGCUACCGGUCUUGAUACCCCGCUCAGUGCUGCUAUCAUUCCUUGUUUAAUGCUUCUAAUAUAAGACCAUGUGCACCGA